AGCCCAUGCUUGGCAUGCACGAGGUCCUGGGUUCAAUACCCAGUGCCUCUGUUAAGGAAAAACAAAUGGCAUUUUCUAUAGGCUUCUGGUGGUCUGGGGGCUCAGAAAGAUUGGGGUUCACUUCUUGAGCAUCCUUGCUACAUGUAUACAUUCUCUCUUUCUCACACAUACACAAAAGUUUUGAAACACAUCUGGGAACAUGCCCCUUUGAAAACUAAAGUCUUACCUACUAGAUCUUGAACAUUUUCCCUGCCCCUCAGCCCCCAAGGAGUAUGCCUUUGGCUGCGCAGCGGGGUAUCAUUCGGAUACACCACCUUAGGCUGGGUAAGUCUGGCCAUGGAAGUCUUCCUAAGGUCUCCGAGUUCCCCGGUCCCCUCCUUCACUGACUCAGUUUUUGGAAGAGGAAAGGGUGUCUCUGUAAGUUCUCCUAGCAGCCUGGUGGAGAGCCUGCCCUCUAUAUGGGUGGGGAGACAGACCCCAAGCAGUUGAGAGCCUUACCCCAAGACACAGCUGGUGAACCACAGUGUUGGGACAAAGCCAGGCUUCAUGGCUCGGGGCUGUAGCAGCUGGGAUCCUGUGUUCCCUCCCCUCUCCCAACCCCUCCCACCCGUGAGAGAGCCUUGUCACACAACAAGGUUUAUUCAGCAACACUGUUUCUCACUGAGGAGAAUUUCUUCAACAGAUGUUUCCAGAGCAGCUAGUCUAUGCUAAGCCCUGGGGGAGACAGCAGUGAACAGGGCCAGUACAGACCUGCCCUCAGGGAGUUUGCUGCCUAGUGAGGACAAAAAGCAAAGGAAGAGUCAAACAGAUAAAUAAAAGCUUGGUCCAAGAAGGCCCAGGAGACUUCAAGUUUAAAGUGUCACCCGUGAAGAUUUCUCAGAUGUGUGACAGGGGCCGCGUGGCCUCCACCCUCCGCUACUGCAUGACGGUCAGCGGCACGGUGGUUCUGGUGGCCGGGACACUCUGCUUCGCCUGGUGGAGUGAAGGAGAUGCAGGUGCCCAGCCCAGCCAGCCAGCCCCACCCACUGGACGCCCCAAGCCUGAGGCCCCCGGUCCCCUGCUCAGGUCGGUCAGCUUCUUCUGCUGUGGUGCAGGCGGCCUGCUGCUGCUUUUCGGCCUGCUGUGGUCCCUCAAGGCCAGCACCCGGGGGCCACCUCGAUGGGACCCGUAUCACGUCUCCAGAGACCUGUACUACCUCACUGUGGAGCCCUUGGAGAAGGAGAGCAGCAGGUCUCCAAAGGUGGUUGCCUUCCCCAGUGAUGAGGAGGCCGUGUGCUGCCCACUGGCUGAGGGGCCCCCGAUACCACCUACAUACCCCAUGGAGGAAGACCUGGGUGCCUCUGGGGAUGCCCUGGUGGGGGCCCAGCCCCUCUUGCCUCCGCCCAGCUAUGAUAGCAUCCUCGGUGCUGAUGGCAUCUCUGGAGAGACAACACCUGAGGCUGCAUGCUCCUGCCCGGGCCCGGUUCAGUCUGCGGCGGGAGGAAGUUAAAGGCUCCUAGCAGGCCCGGAAGCUGGAAACAAAAACAAUGAUGGGCUUCUUCUAGUGUCUAGUACAGUGUCUGGUACACACCAGGCACUCAGCAAAUAUUUGUUGCUGAAUACUGUUUUAUUUAUCUAUUGCUGUGUAACAAAUGGCUUAAAAUAAAUCCAUUUUAUUAUCUCUCAUGAUUCUGUGGGUUGCCUGGGCCCAGCUGGGUGGUUCUCCUGCCCCAUGUGAUGUUGGCUGGGCUGAAGUCAUCCGCGCCCAGCAGGGCCAGUGCGCCCAAGAUGGCACACUCACCUGGCUGUCAGCUGGGAGAUGAGAAAACGGGUGCAGAGGCAGAGCCAGGACUGGCCCAAAGUAACAUGCUGAGUUUAUAACCAAAAGAACAUGGGCUCUGAAUUCAGAUCACCUGUGCAUGGGUCCCACUAGGUACCAUCUGAGUGAACUUGGACAAGUAACUUUAACCGCUCUCUGCCUCAGUUUCCUCAUCUGUAAAAUGGGAAUUGGGAAAUACAGUGGCACCAGCCUCUACCUUAGACAGCUGAGUCGCCAGAAUUAAAUCAGAUGAGAGCAGCUGACAUUAUGAGAGCACAUUGACCCUGCAGGUUCAGUGCUAAUGGAUCAAACAAUAAAUAUAGAUUUCUUAGCCUGUGGCAGAUGUCUCUUAAGUAUGCCAUGAUUGUUAGAUUUUGUUAGUAGAGGUAACCCCGCUUCCAUCAGGUGCCUCUGCUCCCAUACCUCCUGUGACAGAGAGCUCGCUACCUCUUCUUAUAUUCCAGAUAUGGCAGAAAUGUCUGCUCUCAGAAUGUCAUACCCCAUUCACAGAUAGGAAAUCAGCCCAGAGAGGUUAAGUAAUCUUCCCAGGGUCACUCAGCAAGCAGGGGUUCAAAGCCCUGUGGCUCAGUCAGCUGUGUGGAGGCAGUGUUCCCCGAGGGCCUAGCCUUUACUGGGCCAGGCUCCCUGCCGUUGCUUCACAUCCUCAAGGCCUCUCUGCUACAAGUGGUGGCCCCAUUUACUGGGUAUGGAAACAGCCUCAGAGCAGUAAAAUCACAGAGAAUAAAGGUUUUUCAUAUCAGUAAAA